GUACUAUUUGCCAUUGAAAUGAAUGACUGCUGGAAACAACAGGGGAAAGCAGGGCUCACUGAGCACCAUCCCAGCAUCCAGACACUGCAGCUGCCCUUCCCUCCAUGCCAAAAACCACACUUCUCAAACCUUCACUCAACGCUUCCUUCCCCAAAGAUAGAAAAUGCAUAAGGAGGAGCACAAGGUGACUGUGCUGGGGGCACCCCAUAGCACCAUCCUCCCAAGGUCCACCGUGAUCAACAUCCACAGCAAGACCUCCAUGCCCGACCAUGUCGUCUGGUCCCUGUUCAACACAAUCUUCUUGAACUGGUGCUGCCUGGGCUUCAUAGCAUUCACCUACUCCCUGAAGUCUAGGGACAAGAAGAUGGUUGGCAACGUGACUGGGGCCCAGGCCUAUGCCUCCACCGUCAAGUGCCUGUACAUCUCGGCCCUAAUUGUGGGCAUCCUCAUGACCGUCGGAUUCAUCCUAUUACUGGUGUUUGGUUCUGUGAUGAUCUACCAUAUUAUGUUACAGAUCAUACAGGAAAAACAGGGUUACUAGUAGCUGCCCAUAGCCUGCGACCGUUGUACUCCACUUUGCAAUGCUGGCCCUCACGCUGGGGCUGUUGGUCCUGCCCCCUUGGUCCUGCCCCUAGAUACAGCAUUUUAUCCCCACACACCUGUCCAUAAUGAUAUUCAAUAAAGUGCAUGUGCUUGUG